UCCAGGUGGGCAGACCUUCCCAUAGUCAAGGCCUCGCAGCUGUUCGCUAGCACCCAGAGAGCAGCGUGUCCAGAUCUUAACCAGGGAGUGCACAGCCAUGGUGCUCUGUGGUCUGGUCCUGGGAGCCCUGCUGGUGGUCGUGGUGGGAUGCCUGUGCCUGCGGGGGCUGCUCCGGCAGCGCAGGCCCCAGGAGCCCCCUCUGGAUAAGGGCUCUGUGCCCUGGCUGGGCCACGCCAUGGCUUUCCGGAAGAAUAUGCUGGAAUUCCUGAAGCACAUGAGGGCCAAGCACGGAGAUGUGUUCACGGUGCAGCUCGGGGGCCAGUACUUCACCUUUCUUAUGGACCCCCUCUCCUUCGGCCCCAUCCUCAGGGAUGUGAAGAGGAAGCUAGACUUUGUGGAGUAUGCCGAAAAACUGGUGCUAAAGGUAUUUGGGUACCAUUCGGGGCCAGGAGACCACCGGAUGAUACACUCAGCCAGCACCAAGCACCUCAUGGGCGACGGCUUGGAGGAGCUCAACAAAACCAUGCGGGACUGCCUCUCCUUGGUCAUACUGGGGCCCACGGGCCAGCGUCCGGAUGCCAGGAGCUGGCAAGAGGACGGCCUCUUUCACUUCUGCUACAACGCCUUGUUCAAGGCCGGCUACCUGAGCUUGUUUGGCUACACGAAAGACACGGAGCAGGACCUACUGCAGGCAGAGGAGUUGUUUGUGCAGUUCCGCAAGUAUGACCGCCUGUUCCCCAGGUUCGUUUACUCCUUGCUGGGGCCCCGGGAGUGGCUAGAAGUGGGCCGGCUCCAGCGCCUCUUCCACGAGACCCUCUCCGUGAAACACAGCCUGGAGAAGGAUGGCAUCAGCAACUGGAUAGCCUACAUGCUUCAGUUUCUGAAGGAGCAGGGAGUAGCCCCGGACAUGCAGGACAAGUUCAACUUCAUGAUGCUCUGGGCCUCCCAGGGGAACACGGGGCCCACUUCGUUCUGGGCCCUCCUGUUCCUGCUGAAGCACCCAGAAGCCAUGCAGGCAUUGAGAAAGGAGGCUGCCCAGGUCCUGGGGGAGGCCAGGCUGGAGGCCGGGCAGUCUUUCAAGUUCGAGGUCAGUGCCCUGCAGCACACCCCGGUGCUGGACAGCAUGAUGGAGGAGACACUGCGCCUGCGGGCAGCGCCCACCCUCCUCAGGGUGGUGAACGGCGACCACACCCUGCAGAUGGCCAGCGGGGAGGAGUACCAACUCCGCGGUGGGGACAUCGUGGCCCUCUUCCCUUACCUCUCAGUGCACAUGGACCCUGACAUCCACCCCCAGCCCACGGCCUUCAAGUACGACCGCUUCCUCAACCCCGACGGCAGCCGAAAGGUGGACUUCUACAAGGCAGGCAAAAAGAUCCACCACUAUACCAUGCCCUGGGGCUCGGGCGUCUCCAUGUGCCCCGGGAGGUUCUUGGCCCUGAGCGAGAUGAAGCUCUUCGUCCUGCUCAUGAUCACGCACUUCGACCUGGAGCUGGUGGACCCUGGCAUGCCCAUGCCGCCCGUGGACCCCCAGCGCUGGGGCUUUGGCACCACGCAGCCCAGCCACGACGUGCGCUUCCGGUACCGCCUGCGGUCUCCCGCCUGAGCGCAGCCGAGAGGGCCGCAAGCCUGGCCAGGGGAUGCCCUGGGGGUCUCCACCUCUUAUUGCCCCUCUGAAGCCCCAGACCCCCGACCAGCUACUGCUCCCUGUGGCUUUGUGGCACCCUCUACCUCUGUCCUGGCACCUCUGUCCUCCUUGCUCCCUGGCCUCCUUCCAGACACCUCACAGGCUCAUCAUUGUCUCUUUAAAACUCCAUCUCUCGCAGUGGGUUUGGCAGAAUCCCCUUGGGGGAUAACGCCCGCCUCGAGGCACAGAAGCUGGUCCCCACGAGUGGCACAGCAGCUCCCAGCUGCCCCCCACUUAAUUUUUCUCAACUCCAUUCCAUGUCUUCUGGAAGUCAUGUUCUAAAAAUAGUCUUGCUCAAUAGCAAUAUAAGGCAAGCUGCAUGGGUAUUUUUUAAUCCAUUUCCUAGUUGAUACAUUUUUUUAAGUGAAAGAAACAAGUAAAAUUCAUUUUUAUGAUAUUUUUUACUUAUUCCCACAUAGCCACAAUAUUAGCGUUUCAACACAUCAUCAAUAUGAAAAAAAAUAGCUUUACAUUUCUUUUGUAGAAUUGCCUUCAAAAUCUGGAAUGCACUUUUUUAAAAAUUUGAACUUAUUGGCAUGACAUUGGUUAAUACAAUUAUAUAGGUUUGGGGUGUACGAUUCUAUAUAUAAUACAUCAUCUGCGUAUUGUACUGUGUGUUCAAAACUCUGGCGUGUCCUUUUUGCCCUUGAGGCACGCCGCGGUUCCGGCCAGCCACAUGCAAAGCGUGCAGGAGCCGCCUGCGGCCGGUGGCUGCCCCGGGAACAGCGGGUCUGCAGAAAGGCUGCCUUCCAUGCAGAUGUCAUUCCCUCUGCACCCACCUGCAGGCCCGCGGUUCACCCUGCUGUCAGGCGCUGUUUUCCAAAAGCACCUCUAACUGGCACCGUUUCAUUUUCCAGCUUCCCAUUCCCUUCACACACCUGACAUUUAAGGUUUGCUACAGUUGGUCCCCCAAUUUUCCACGCAGUGCAAUCCAACUUUUUCCCAGCCUUUCCUGGUGGAAAUGUCUGUAAAGUGUGUUGCUUGCUUUUCCUGCCAACCCCAGUGCCGGCUACCCCUGAAGCCUUCUUAGAUGUGACCCAUCCCAUCCCCCGGCCUCCUGUUCCUGUGGCUCCCCGGCACCUCCUGUGGUCCUAGCGCAUCUGCUAGGAGUCCUUGCUCUCCGUCCUGGUUUCCUCCUCCUGCUCCUUCCCCGUGCUGGAGUCCAUAGGACCUGGAAUCUUAUCCUUUCAUCUCCGACCCCCCCAAUUCCCCAGAUGCAGAUUAAAUGAUAUAAACCAGACUUCCAGUCUCGGCUAGUU